UUGGCGUUUUUCACCGUUCCGCCCCGAAACGCACGGUUGGGUUCCUUCGGUACUGCACGAGCAGGGCGAGGGCAAGCCCAGCACCCAAAAUGGGGACGCGGGGGACCUAAAUCUUUCCUCUGUCCCCCCCCCCCCCCCCCACAGCCUACAGGGGUGUUCAGCAGGCUGGGCGACACGCCGGCCGAGGACAAGACCGCGGAGAGCGACGACGAGGACGGCUCCGUCCUGCCCUACGCCGGCGUCCUCAAGAAGCCCCCCAAGGACGCCCCCGACUCGGGGAAAAUCAUCAAAGCCAAAGCCCAAACCUCGGAGCCCCCCCGGCGCCGCCCCGGGGGCAAAGCUCAGCCCCCCAAAACCAGCCUGGAAGCUCAGGACAGCAGCGUCAGCAGCAGCCGGAGCCAAAAACAACCCGAAUUUCGGGUGACGAUCAAGAGGACUUGGGGCAGCGCCAAGGUGAGCAGCAGCAGCGACGCCCUGAGCGCCCGCAUGGACGACGCCGGCGCCGUCAGCGUCUUCCAGAGACUGGGGAAGAAAGCGGACUGACGCCCGCCGCCACGCUCCGCGUGGCC